GGACGAAUUGUCCUAGCGAUAUAGUAUAAAAUCCGCGGAAUAACAGUUUCAGUGAAUAAGAUGAAACUAUGAAUCAACUUUGCAAAAGCUCAAUAUUCUGGGACUGGAACCAGACCGUGCGUGAGGGCCAGCCAUUAUUUACACCCUGCUUUCUGUCCACAGUUCCUGUGUGGGUGAUACACGGCUGGAUAUGGAUGGUCUCCCCUUUCUAUGUAUAUUACCUGUUCAAUGCGAAAACAAACCCCAACCCUGUCAACUGGAGAAUCGUCAUAAAGACUCUUCUCCUAGCAGUGAACACUCUUUUACUGAUUGUGCAAUGGGUGCUGGAAUAUACACCUCAUCAUUCUCUGUGGAAUGCAGCAGUUUUAGGCUUUACUCUGCAAAUCUGUACACAGUUUUUGCUAGGAUUCUACAUUCACAUGGAGCGAUGGAAAGGGUUUGUUACAUCCGGGGUUUUAUUCACAUAUUGGACCGGUGCAGUUAUCAUCAACAUAGUUUUACUGUACGAUAAGAUUAUUAAACUGGAAUAUGUUCGGAGUACAUGGCUGUUUACCUCGUUCUGUGCUAUGUAUGUGAUACUGUGGAUGCAGUGGGUUUUAUCUUGCUUGACAGAAAUUCCUAAACCUAAUAAUAAGGAGAGUAGUCCUUAUUCCACGUCUUCCUUUCCGUCCAGACUGCUGUUUUCCUGGAUCGUGAGGUUUAUGAUGAGAGGUUACAGAAGACCCCUAAAGAAGAAGGAUAUUAUGUCUAUGGAUUCCAGAGACAAAGCGGGCUACUUAUUGUCUAAAUAUCAAAAUUAUUGGAAUGCUUCUAUAAGUACUUCAAAGAAAUGCUGCAUCCAAAGAAGAAACGAUUUCCCAAUGUUAGAGAGUGUUGGACAGUCCCUGCUUGCGAUGAAUGAUGUUGGAGAUAGCACCCAACCUGAAUACCACCCUUCCAAUCAUUCCCUAUUGAGAACUCUAAUCAAAAUGUUUGGUCGGGAAUUCUUGAUGUUCCAUCUACUUGCCAUGAUUACUGUUGUCUGUAAAAUGAUUAGCCCGCAGUUACUCAGGUUUCUCCUUGAGUUUAUAGCAGAACCCCAUGGUGAGAAGGGUCAGCUAUGGUGGGGAUAUGUUCUUGCCGUAUCAUUGUUUGUCGUAUCAGCAUUACAGUCCAUAUGUUACAGCCAUUACUUAUACAUGUCCUUAAACUUGGGAAGAAGACUCAGCGCUACUCUUAUGUCUGCACUGUAUGUAAAGGUAUUGGCAAUCAGCCAUCAUUCGAAGCAGUCUUCAUCAGAUGGAGAAAUUUUGAAUUUGAUGUCAGUUGAUACCUCUACCAUAAGAAAUGUCAUGAUGUUCCUUGGAAUGUGGUUUGAAAGCAUUCUGGAGAUCGUACUCUCAAUCUACUUUCUGUAUGACAUCCUUGGCUAUGCCACAUUUGCAGGGUGUGGUGUAUUAGUACUUUUGAUGCCUAUGAAUGUAUUCCUCAGCUCGAGACUAUUUAAGGUGAUGCAGAAGCACAUGAAACUCAAAGACGACCGAAUAAAUCUCUUGUCAGAAGUAAUCAACGGUAUAAAGGUCUUAAAGCUGUACGCCUGGGAAAUGAUUUUCAAAGACAAAAUGAUAGACAAGAGAAAUGCAGAGUUGAGAAAACUCAUGAAUGUGAAAGUCAUCGAACGAAUUGUUGAAACAUUUUUCCACAUCACUCCCUUUCUAGUCAUGUUUACAGUGCUCCUUACUUACAUACUUAUAAGUGAUACACCUCUGGAUGCCAAGACAGUAUUUGUCUCCCUUUCUCUAUUCAACGUACUGAAGUACUCCGUCGACGACCUGAAUUAUUUUGUUCGAGAUAAUUUGAAAUUUUUUGUGGCUUUGAAGAGAAUAAAUACCUUCUUAAAUGCAGUGGAUAUCCAGGAGGAUAGUGUUGAAAGAUGUCAACAAGGAAAAGCAGUUGAUAUCAUCGACGGGGAGUUUGCCUGGGACAUCAACAGCAGUUUAUUGAAAGAAGUAAAUAUAGCGAUCCCAGAGGGAGGUCUUGUCGCUGUAGUUGGACAGGUGGGACAAGGGAAAUCUUCACUGUUGUCAGCCAUUUUGGGGGAAAUGAUCAAAAUAAAGGGAAAAGUCUGCGUCAAGGGCUCCAUUGCGUACGUCCCUCAACAAGCUUGGAUUCAAAAUGCAACAAUCCAAGACAACAUUCUGUUUGGAAACAAGAUGGACGAGAAACGUUACCAUGAAGUUCUGGGGGCGUGUGCUCUCACUCAGGACCUGAAUGUACUGCCUGCAGGAGAUCAGACAGAAAUAGGAGAAAGGGGAAUCAAUCUGAGUGGCGGACAGAAGCAGAGAGUGAGUCUAGCCCGCGCAGUUUACAGUGACAGGGACGUCUAUCUCCUUGACGACCCAUUAUCUGCAGUCGACUCUUAUGUAGGCAGCCAUAUUUUUGAUGAAGUUAUUGGAUCAUCCGGGUUACUGAAAGACAAGACAUGCAUUAUGGUUACACAUGGAAUACAGUGGUUACCAAAAGUUGAUAACAUAAUCGUCUUCGUCAAUGGAAAAAUAUCAGAAUCGGGCACUUAUGAAGAAUUGAUCAAUCAUGCUGGGUCGUUUGCUGAAUUUUUAGAGACUUAUUUGAUGGAUACAGAUAAAGGGGACGUUAAAGGAGAGGUAAAAGUAGAGGCCUUACAAGGAACAAAUGGAUCAAUAUUUGAUUUGAGACAGUCUUUAAAUGAUCUAAGUAAGAGACAUCUCCAUGUAACGAGCAGUACAAGCCUUUCUACUGAAACACUUGAAUCUGUGAUGGCGGACAAAGUCAACAAAGAUGAUAUCAAACAUACGCUUAUUGAAGAGGAGACAUCAGAGACUGGAAAGGUGAAGUGGAAGCAGUUUAUGACCUACUUUAGGACCAUUGGUGUGGGAUACUGCGUCUUGUUGGUGACCUUAUUUGGCCUGAGUGAAUGUAUGACUCUCUUGGGAAACAUUUGGCUGAGCAGGUGGACAGACGACCCUGUUAUGACAUCAGCCAAAACAAAUACGAAUGGCAGCAGCAGUCUUCAUAAAAGGAAUAUUCAUUUCAUCGGGUGUUAUUUGGGAUUUGGACUAGGACAAAUAAUUUCUAUGGUGCUAUAUGGAAUUUUAUGUGUACUAAGAACAAUCGGUGCAUCUCGCGCACUGCAUGCUAACCUGUUGCACACAACUGUGCGCUGUCCAAUCAGCGUCUUCGACACAACUCCAUCGGGUCGGAUCAUUAACCGUUUCUCUCAGGAUAUGGAAGUAGUGGACACCAUGCUACCACUUAAUUUAGAGAACCUGAUUUUCUGUAUCAUAUCAACACUAGGAGUUCUGGCAGCCAUUACAUACAGUGUUCACUGGUUUCUGCUUGUAGUCAUCCCACUCGGCGUAAUAUACUACCUUAUCAUGAGUUUCCACUUACCAUCUUCACGGCAACUGAGAAGAAUUAUUUCAACUAACAGAUCCCCCAUCUACAGUUAUUUCAGCGAAACUCUGGCUGGCGCUAGUGUUAUCAGAGCAUUUGGCAAGGAGAACCAGUUUAUGAUUGAGAUGCAGAGGAGAAUAAAUGACUUCCAUCAGGCUGACUGGCUCGAUAUUGCCAUCACUAGUUGGAGAAGUUUAUACAUAGAAAUGCUGGGCUGUUUGGUCAUUUUGGCGACCUGUAUAAUAGCGGUAGGAACCAAAGACAGCAUUAGUCCGGGAAUAGCUGGACUCUCCGUUUCCUACUCCCUAACUAUAAUUCUCUCGAUGAACUGGUUUGUGUACGUGUUCACGCUAGUAGAGACGAGUGCUGUAUCGGUGGAGCGGAUAGCUGAGUACACAGAGAAAGAAUCGGAGAAUGAUCUAAUUAAUGUUGACCACCGACCUUCUGAAGACUGGCCAGGUCAAGGCCAGGUCACUCUGUCCUCUUACUCCACAAGAUACAGAUCCCAGCUAGACUUGGUACUGAGAAAUAUCAAUGUCACCAUCAAACCAGGAGAAAAGGUUGGCAUUGUUGGGAGAACAGGAGCAGGUAAAUCUUCCUUGGCUCUGGCUCUGUUCCGCUUGAUAGAACCAGUCUCUGGGAACAUUGAGAUUGAUGGGGAAAGGUUAACAGAUCUUGGUCUUCAUGAUUGUAGGUCUAAGCUCACUAUUUUACCACAGGACCCUGUGUUGUUUUCCGGUACCCUGAGAAUGAACGUCGACCCUAUGGACGAGUACACGGAUGAAGAGAUCUGGAAUGCCUUAGAGCAUGCUCAUCUGAAGUCAUACGUUCUGUCUCUCUCUACUGGUUUAGACUCAGAGUGCGGGGAAAGUGGAGAAAAUCUCAGUGUCGGUCAAAAACAGCUAGUUUGUUUGGCAAGGUCUCUACUUAGGAAAACAAAAAUUUUAAUUCUGGAUGAAGCAACGGCAGCUGUUGAUUUGGAGACAGAUGAUCUGAUACAGAGGACAAUACGCGAGGAGUUCCGAGAGUGUACAGUGCUGACCAUUGCGCACAGACUUAACACAGUGAUGGACUAUGACAGGAUUAUGGUUCUCGACAAAGGAUGUGUGCUGGAGUAUGAUACACCACAGAAUCUUCUUGCAGACGACAAAAGCAUGUUUCAUGAACUUGCCAAAAAUGCAGAAAUUAUCAAAUAAGUUUUAGGCCAUGCAGUUUUUCAACCAUCAAUUUUUCUUUUAUAUUUACAUAGUCAAAUGUAUUCUUCGGGGUUUUUUUAAAUGAUUUUUUUUUUAUUUU